CAUAAAAAUAUUCUCAAACCUAUGCACAAAGAGGAGAACAGAAUUUGAUCCAGAAGAGAGUGUAUAAGAGCUCACUCUGUUUCCUCUGUUUUGUCAAUCCUCAGCUUCCCUAUAGUCUUUUCUUUUCCAGGAACUUAAUCGGCAAAUUCUUCCCAGCGUCUACCAUGGUUAUAGCUGCCUGCUUAUCUUCUUUAUUUAGCGACGGAGUUGCUGCUCAACCUCCCAUACUAACUCAAUUCUCUUUCGAGUGAGAACCGAUAGAACUAAACUAAUCCAUCCAUUAAAAGAAAAACCAUUUGUUGUCUUCGACUUUCCCUGACUUUCUCUGCUCUUUUUUUUGGAGAUGGAUACAUUUGACAUAAAACUUGAGAAGAGAAACGCUAUCUUGAAGUAUCGUCAGUUGUGCAAGAUGGCAAACUUGCUCAGGUUUGUUGAGGUUUGUGUUCUUCUGGUGUUGAUCUCCAGGUUUACAAUUCAACUCCCAGUCGCUGUUAAAAAUUCUGGUGAGUAUGUUCGGGGCUUGUCGGUUGUUCUGGUGAGCCCUCGCUUUGUGUUCAUCGUUGGGAAUGCUAUAAUCAUCACUCUCUUUGCAAAGGCUGGGCAGUUUUCAGCUCAUGAUUCUGCUUCGAAGAGCUCAGGAACUGAUCUUUACGAAGAAUUUGUUGAGAAGAGUGAGAAAAGUCAGGCAAUUCAUCGAUCUGAAAUCGAAUACAGAGAAAAACAAAGCAAGAAGAUUGUAGGUGAAGAGACAGCGAUUAGUCUUAAUGUGCAUGCAUCAAAGGGAUCAAAGAAAUAUCGAAGAAGUCAAUCAGAGAAGCUUAAGAGGGUGAACUGCAAUAAAGAUUGCAAGCAACUCAGGCGAUUGGAGUCAGAAAAGUACACAAAAGACAAUGAUUCUGAUGAGCAACUGUUGAAGAGUUCAUAUCCUGAAGACGGAAUGAGCAGUGAGCAGUUUCGUAACACGGUUGAGGCUUUCAUUGCCAGGCAAAAAAAGCUUUUAAGGGAAGAAGAGUACUCGGUGAUUUGGACAGAGUUAGAGUGACGAAGCAAACCCUGGUGCUCCCUUUUUCCAGUGUUUUUAUGAUUGUUUUUAGGCUUUUGAUUUUGCCUUUCCUUUCGUUCGCCUAUACUGCUAUGUACAUGGUUAAUUUUGUCAUAAAAUUCAAUGAGUUACUAGUAGUAAUCUAUUGUCCUUGUUUCGAGUUUGGAUUUAAAACUUUGAAACUGUGAUGCUUGCCUAUGCAACAAAACCAAUCUAGACGUCACAAAACCACGAAUCUGAACCUUCUGCAGCUGCUUUAGAUUGCGGAUAUUGUCCUGGAAAUUGAAUUUAUGCAGAAAAGAAGAAUUUCCAACUGUGUUACACUCACUCUAAGUAUAUGCCGAUAUGUCAUCAUGUUUAGGAAUGUAUUCUAAAUUUUGUUCUAUUGAAAAUUUUAUCCUUUUAGAUGCCGAAUUGCCAAUGCAGAAAGUCGAAUAUCAAGUCACAGAGCAAAGCGCAAAGCUGAACUAUAGCAAAGCAAUGUGGUGUUUUUGAAUGGUGAUCAGGCCUCCAUAUCCUUUGCAAAGGACCAAUCCACCUGGAAAAAGGAACUUCAUCUUCACCUUAAUCCUCAAAUCACAAGCCAA